AUUUUAUGAUGUGGUGAUCAUCACUAGCAUCAAAUUAUUUUGUUUUUGAAAAUUGUCAUCAAAAAAAACCAAAUAAACAAAACAUUAAUCAUAAAAAAACGGACGGAUUAUAGAUAAUCAUCAGAAUUCCAUUUGAAAAAUGGCCUCAUUAAUAACAUCGACAAAUGAUAAUAGCAAAAAACAAUUAUCAAUACAUAAAAUUCGUGAAUUACAAUUAGAAAUUAUUGAUAUUGAGACCAAUUAUGAUGUUAUUCGUGAAAUUGGUUCCGGGGAUUAUGGUAAAGUAAUAUUGGCAUCACAUAAAUCAUCACAUUGUGAGGUGGCAUUAAAAGCUGUACCAAAAUCAACAACAACAUUAAAAGAUUUUCUACUUGAAUUCCAUUAUAGUUAUUUUUUAUCACCACAUUAUAAUAUUCUUGAUACAUAUGAUGUUGCAUUUGAAACACAUGAUCAUUAUUAUUUUGCACAGGAGAUUGCACCAUUUGGUGAUUUACAACAGGCUGUUUUACGAACAAAUGGUGCCGGCCUUGAGGAAAAAAGUGUCAAAAUAGUUGUUGAACAAAUUGUGUCAGCAUUACAUUUUAUGCAUGAUAUGGAACUAGUUCAUCGUGAUGUUAGGACAGAAAAUGUACUUAUUUAUAAUCCAAAUUUAUCCAAAAUUAAAUUAACUGAUUUUGGCUUGACACGUCGUGUUGGUACAUUAGUAAAAAAACGUGUAAAAUCAUUACCAUCCUGUCCACCGGAAGUUUGGCAAGCCGUUCUACUUGAAGGUUAUAAUAUUGAAACAGGCAGUGAUGUAUGGCAAUUAGCCAUUAUGAUUUGUAUAAUGUUAACUACAAGAUUUCCUUGGGAAAAAGCCGAUAUAACCGAUAUACGUUUUAGUGAAUUUGCCGAAUGGCAAAAACGUAAAUUAACACGUACACCACGUUAUUUUAAUGUAUUUACACCACGUGCUUUACGAAUGUUUCGCCGGUUAAUGGAAAUCAAACCAUCAAAACGAUAUCCAGUAACUGAAGUAAGAAAAUAUCUAAAAAAUGAUUGGAUCUCACGUUCUGGUAAAAUUUUACGUUCAAAUUCAUUCUAUGAUGGUCAAACAGGCUCAUCAAAUUCAUCGCGUAGUUAUUCAUGUUCACAUCUAAUUCAUCCUGUUCAUCGUAAUCGUGAUAUGGAUAACAAAUAUAAUGAUGAUUCUAGCUUAAAUUGAUUGAAACAACAACAAAUUCAACCUUUGACCUCAAUUUGUAAUCGAUAUUUAUCGUUUUGAUUUUUUGAUGCUACCAAACAAAAAACAACAACAAAUUUUUUUGCAAAAACCGACCGCAAAUCAAAUUCAUCACCAAAUCAUUAA